GCUAGCUGCAAGGGAUCGCAUAUUUCCAAGUUUUCUUCAGAUUUCAGCUUAGGAAAACUGUAGACUGAGAGGGAGGGAGGGACAGACAGACAGAUGGUCAAAGGAGGCAUAUGUUCUCCAAACAGAGUUGGACUUCAGUAGAAGCACUCACUCAUCUGCACAGCACUGUAUUUGCAGAGGAAGCCGUACGCAGAACAGCGAGCAGCAGAGAUUUCCAUAAGAUGCUGGGGAUUGUUGAGUUGCUUGUAGCCCUGGUAGCCUCCCUCCUGAUCGUGCAGCUGCUGAAGCUGCAGUGGAUGCGUAGCCAGCUCCCUCCAGGACCAGUUCCUCUCCCCAUCAUUGGGAACUUGUGGCUGCUGGACUUCAAACUUCGCCGAGAAACUCUCACUAAGUUAACCAGCGUCUAUGGAAACAUCUACACAGUGUGGAUGGGACAGACUCCCGUGGUUGUACUGAAUGGGUACAAAGCAGUAAAAGAUGGCAUUGUCACCCAUUCAGAGGAGACUUCUGGAAGACCUCUCACCCCGUUCUACAGGGACAUGAUGGGCGAAAAAGGCAUUUUUCUUACAAGCGGGCACACCUGGAAGCAACAGAGGCGCUUUGGGAUGACCAUUAUACGGAGCCUAGGAUUUGGGAAGAACAUCUUGGAGCAUCAAAUUCAAACAGAGGCCUCUCACCUCCUGGGUUUCUUUGCGAACACAAAAGGGAAGCCGUUCGACCCCCGCACUUCCAUCGUCCAUGCCAUCGCCAAUAUAAUUUCUGCUGUUGUUUUCGGCCAUCGUUUCUCCAGCGAGGACGAAUCUUUCAGCAAGCUUAUCAAAGCUGUUUAUUUUGUGAUCUAUUUUCAAGCUACUAUCUGGGGCAGGAUGUAUGAUGCUUUCCCAUGGCUCAUGCACCGCUUCCCAGGACCGCAUCAGGAAGUGUUCGCAUACAACGACUUCAUGCACAAUUUAGUUAUGAAUGAGGUCCAGGCGCAUGAGAGAGAGAAGGCAGGCGAUCCACAGGACCUCAUUGACUUCUACCUAGCCCAAAUAGCAAAAACCAAAGAUGACCCCACCUCUACGUUUAAUAAAGACAACAUGGUUCAGACAGUGGUCGAUCUCUUGCUGGGAGGGACUGAAACAACAAGCACCACGCUCCUCUGGGCACUGCUCUACAUGGUACAAUACCCAGAAAUACAAGAAAGAGUUCAAAGAGAGAUAGAGGCUGUUCUGGAACCUUCCCACAUCAUCAGCUAUGAAGACCGCAAAAAACUGCCCUACACAAAUGCCGUGAUUCACGAGACCUUGCGGUACAGCAACAUCACUUCUGUGGGGGUCCCUCGACUGUGUGUGAGGAAUACGACUUUGCUGGGCUUUCACAUUAAAAAGGGCACACUUGUGUUGCCAAAUCUGCACUCUGUCGUGUUCGACGCUGACCACUGGGCAACCCCUUGGAAGUUCAACCCAAACCACUUCCUCGAUUUGGACGGCAACUUUGUGAACAAGGAGGCCUUCCUACCGUUCUCAGCAGGGCACCGUGUCUGUUUGGGGGAACAGAUGGCACGAGUCGAACUGUUCAUCUUCUUCACUAAUCUGCUUCGGGCAUUCACAUUCCAGCUCCCUGAAGGAGUCAAGCAAAUCAACCUGGAGUAUGUUUUGGGAGCAAUACUGCAGCCGCAUCCAUAUGAAAUCUGUGCUGUUCCACGUUAGCCUGCAACACGCCACAAAGCAGGGGGACUUUGACCCAUCAGUUACUGCAGAACAAAUAUCACUAUCUGAUCUGUAUUGAAACUCAUGUAGCUCAGCAUAGCAAAUUAACAUAGAAGUAUUUUUAUUUAGGAGGUCUGACCUCAUGCAGAUGAGCUUUCUGAAACUAGAAAAUUGCACUUACCGGAGCUCACGUAACCACGCCUUAGGUAUAUACAAGUACUCAGAAGCAUUACCAAAUAAGGUAUUUACCCACUCACAGUCACAAUUCAUCAGGUGUAGCAUUUUAGAGAAGCAAUCUGUACCAAGAGCUUCCUGCACACGUGCUCAGUAAUGUAUCACGUGUGAAAUGGCGCAACUGCUCCAACACAGCAAGGAUGCCUGAAAACACUUCUUGCUCACCUGCUCCAGCACAGUCACUACUCCUCCCUGAUCACGGGUCAUUUCUUGCUUCUUCCUGCAGGUUCCAGGGUGUACAGCCCCAGUUUUGACUCCUCUUCCUUUCCCGCUCCCUGGAAGCACGUUAUGUAGCAGUUUAAGCUUCACAUAUGCAUCAAUGUUGGCAGAAUAUGGUCUCCUAUAAUCACAUUCAAUUUAGAAAUACUCUCACCUUUUUUCUUUCAUACUUCCGUAUCUGUUUUCUAUUUUAUCACCUCUUGGAUCUGGGUGUUUUCAUGAACUUUCCUUCUUUCUGCCUAAAAUCACCAUUACAACAUCCAAUAAUUUGCUAUUUGAAGACAAAUAACAAGAGAAGAAGAUACCAGUAUUUGUCAAAGCAAGCACAGUAGAGCUCUAUUACCUACAGCCUUCUCUUUUGCUGUCCCAUACUUCCACAACAAAUGUGGAAAGUUUGGACCACUUAAAAUCCAACUGUGAUCAUCCUAAAUGCUUUCGGUUUUCCAAGUUCAGCAGGGACAAACAUAAGUUGUGCUAGGAUGUACUUAAAAGCAAAAGUGGAAAGUUACUUAUUUCUCAGACAUAAAACUAAAGGAAGAUUUUCUUCUCCUAAUUUAAUUUCCAAUUACCACCAUCCACUUGGUGAAAAUCCCAGGGCUGUAACAUGCUGGAAAGUUUGCUGUUGCAGAACAAAUAAAGACUUGACAUCCAUAGACAGUUUUCACCUUUUUAAUAAAAGACAUUUUAAAACUUUUAAA